AUGUCCCUGCUUAGCCCCAUCCUGCUGCCCCCAGAGGUGAAGGCCUAUCUGAGCCAAGGAGAACGCUUCAUCAAAUGGGACGACGAAGCAACCGUCGCCUCCCCGGUUAUUCUGCGUGUGGACCCUAAGGGUUAUUACUUGUACUGGACAUACCAGAAUAAGGAGAUGGAAUUUCUGGAUAUCACCAGCAUCCGGGACACCCGCUUUGGGAAGUUUGCCAAGGUGCCCAAGAGCCAGAAGCUCCGGGAUGUGUUCAACAUGGAUUUCCCUGACAACACCUUCCUGCUGAAGGCACUCACUGUGGUGUCUGGCCCUGACAUGGUGGACCUCACCUUCCACAACUUUGUCUCCUACAAGGAGAAUGUGGGCAAGGACUGGGCUGAAGAUGUGUUGGCCCUGGCCAAGCAUCCGCUGACUACUAACGCCCCUCGAAGCACCUUCCUGGAUAAAAUCCUGGUGAAGCUCAAGAUGCAGCUCAACCCUGAAGGGAAGAUUCCUGUUAAGAAUUUUUUCCAGAUGUUUCCUGCUGACCGCAAGCGGGUAGAAGCUGCCCUCAGUGCCUGCCACCUCCCCCAGAACAAGAAUGAUGCCAUCAAUCCAGAGGACUUCCCAGAAUCUGUCUACAAGAGUUUCCUCAUGAGUCUUUGCCCUCGGCCAGAAAUAGAUGAGAUCUUCACCUCCCACCACGCCAAGGCAAAACCCUAUAUGACCAAAGAGCACCUGACCAAAUUCAUCAACCAGAAGCAGCGGGACCCCCGGCUCAACUCCUUGCUGUUCCCACCAGCCCGGCCAGACCAGGUUCAGGGUCUCAUCCACAAGUAUGAGCCCAGUUGCAUCAACAUCCAAAGGGGCCAGCUGUCCCCCGAGGGUAUGGUGUGGUUUCUGUGCGGCCCUGAGAACAGUGUGCUGGCCCAGGACAAGCUGCUGCUCUACCAAGACAUGACACAGCCCCUCAACCAUUACUUCGUUAACUCCUCACACAACACCUACCUCACAGCGGGCCAGUUCUCAGGAGUCUCCUCGGCUGAGAUGUACCGCCAGGUGCUGCUGGCAGGCUGCCGCUGUGUGGAGCUGGACUGCUGGAAGGGGAAGCCGCCCGACGAGGAGCCUAUUAUCACCCAUGGCUUCACCAUGACCACUGACAUCUACUUCAAGGAAGCCAUUGAAGCCAUUGCAGAAAGUGCCUUCAAGACCUCCCCGUACCCCGUCAUCCUGUCGUUCGAAAACCACGUGGACUCACCCCGACAACAGGCCAAGAUGGCUGAGUACUGCCGGACGAUGUUUGGGGACACACUGCUCACAGAGCCCCUGGAAAAAUUCCCGCUGAAACCCGGCAGCCCCCUGCCCAGCCCUGAGGAUCUCAAAGGCAAGAUUCUCAUCAAGAACAAGAAGAACCAAUUUUCUGGCAAGGAGGCGGGUGGGGAGCCAGAGGGCAGCUGCCCACCCAGCACCCCAGCGAGUGAGGAUUCAGGUGGUGAAGAGAUGACUGAGCUGGAGGAGAAGGAGGCAGCAGAUGAAGAAGACGAAGAGUUGGGAUGUCUGGAUGAAGAGGAAAUAAAGAAGAUGCAGUCAGAUGAGGGCACAGCAGGCCUAGAGGUGACAGCAUAUGAGGAAAUGUCCAGCCUGGUCAACUACAUCCAGCCCACCAAGUUCGUCUCCUUCGAACUCUCGGCUGAGAAGAACCAGAGCUACGUCAUCUCCUCCUUCACAGAGCUCAAGGCCUAUGACCUGCUGUCCAAGGCCCCCGUGCAGUUUGUGGACUACAACAAGCGCCAGAUGAGCCGCAUCUACCCCAAGGGCACUCGCAUGGACUCCUCCAACUAUAUGCCCCAGAUGUUCUGGAAUGCCGGCUGCCAGAUGGUGGCUCUUAACUUUCAGACGAUGGACUUGCCCAUGCAGCAGAACAUGGCUCUGUUUGAGUUCAAUGGCCAGAGUGGCUACCUCCUCAAGCACGAGUUCAUGCGGCGGCCAGACAAGCAGUUCAACCCCUACUCUGUGGACCGCAUCGAUGUGGUGGUCGCCACCACCCUGUCCAUCACGGUAAUCUCGGGGCAGUUCCUGUCAGAACGUAGUGUGCGCACCUACGUGGAAGUAGAGCUGUUUGGCCUUCCUGGGGACCCCAAGAGGCGCUAUCGCACCAAGCUGUCACCCAGCACCAACUCCAUCAACCCUGUCUGGAAGGAGGAACCAUUUGUCUUCGAGAAGAUCCUGAUGCCUGAGCUGGCCUCCCUCAGGGUGGCUGUGAUGGAGGAAGGCAACAAGUUCCUUGGGCAUCGCAUCAUCCCCAUCAACGCCCUGAACUCUGGAUACCACCACUUGUGCCUGCACAGUGAGAGCAACAUGCCCCUCACCAUGCCAGCACUCUUUGUCCUCCUGGAGAUGAAGGACUAUGUGCCAGACACCCUGGCAGAUCUCACGGUGGCCCUCGCCAACCCCAUCAAGUUCUUCAAUGCCCAUGAUAAGAAGUCUGUGAAGCUCAAGGCUGCCAUGGGAGAAAUGCCUCUUUCGCCUUUUCCGAUGGGCAGCCCAGCAGUGGCUGCAAGCAAUGGGGCUUCUGCCUUGAGAAGCAACGGGUCAGCAGCGGCAGCGGGAGCUAUUGCCACGGAGGAGGCCAGCAAGCCAGUUGCAGAGCCGCAGACAGCUAGCCUGGAGGAAUUGCGUGAGUUGAAGGACAUGGUGAAGCUGCAGCGCAGGCAUGAGAAGGAGCUGCUGGAGGUGCAGCGGCGUGGAGAGGCGCGCAGGCAGGAGCUGCUGGAGAGGGCCGUGGCACAACGCGCCGAGUUCGAGUCCCCGGGUUGCAGUGGGAGUCGCAGGGCUGGCCCGGACAAGGACUCGCGAAAGAAGAGGAAGGAGCCCUUGGAGACCAAGGCGGGCCUGGAAGGCAUGGACAUGCGCCUUCGAGAUCUGCAGGGCCGGCUGGAGCAGGAGCUGCUGCAGCUAGGCCAGGCCCAGCAUGAGCGUGUGCGCAAGCUUCGCGAGAACCACCUGGCAGAGCAAACCACCAAGAUGCUGGAGCUGGCACGAGCAAGGCAGGCCGUGGAGCUGAAAAAUCUCAAGGGGACACUACAGACCAACACCAAAGCCAUGAAGAAAAAGCUGGAGGCCAAGAGGCUGGAGAGGAUCCAAGCCAUGGUCAAGAUCACUUCAGACAAGAUGGCCCAGGAGAGGUUGAAGAGAGAGAUUAACAACUCACACAUCCAGGAGGUUGUGCAGGUACUCAAGCAGAUGACGGUGAACCUAGAACGUCACCAAGAGCAGCUAGAAGAGAAGCAGGCAGCCUGCCUGGAGCAGAUACAGGAGUUGGAAAACCAGUUCCAGAAGGAGGCACUGGCUGAGUAUACAGCUAGGAUGGAGAGCCUGGAAGCUGAGGUGAAGGAGUCCCUGAGGACCUGCUUCCCCUCAGAGACUGAUGCCCUUUCCGGAAGACCCAGGAGGACCUCCCCUGAGUUAAUGGAGCAGGAUCUGGCUCCUGCAGAGGCAGAUGUCCAGGAGAGCCGUUUCUGA